AGAUACGGUCGGUCGUCAAACAUGGCUCCGUUUUUUUCUCUUGAAAUGAAAUCAUCUAGAAAGUACCGAAAGAAGCGUGCAGCCCAAAAAUUUUCACCGGAAGAGCUUCAUCAUAAAAUAGGCGUGGUUUACGACCAUGUAUCAAUGAUACUACAAUUCAUCAUCAAAUUUACAGUAUGCACCAUUAUAGUUUUAUAUACUGUAAUUGCAAUAGGUCUAAUUUGUAUUCCAUCUAUUUUACCACGAAUAAUACUGCUCAAUGAUAUUCGUAUUCCGUUUUAUACGGAUUUAACAAAACCGGAGCUAUUGGGCUUGAAUUCUACAAAGAAUUUAUAUAUUGAAACUGAGGAUGGACGGCGUUUAGGAGCUUGGUAUAGCUACUCUGGAAAAACAUUUAAGGAAAGCUUUCAUGACAACCGGCCGGCUUUUUUAUAUUUACACGGCAGAGAAGGAACAAGAGCUGUUCAACACAGAAUUGAUCUUUAUGAAAAACUGAGGGAAAAUGGGAUUCAUGUGCUAGCUCUUGAUUAUGGAUCAUUUGCCGAUUCCGAAGGCAUUCCUGCUGAACAAGCUAUAACUCAAGACGCUAUGACGGCGUAUUACUGGCUAAAGAAUAGGACUAAAUCAUCCAUAUUCAUAUACGGUCAUUCUUUAGGAACGGCUGUGGCCGUGUCGGCUGCGGCACGCAUACCAAAAGAAUUAAAGCCCGACGGCAUUAUUCUACAAUCUCCAUUUAAUAAAUUAGAUGAGGCGUUUACUCAGCAUCCAAUGGGUAGGCCGUUAACUUGGAUACCACCAAUCGCUCAUUUAUUCGUCUCAACACUUCGUUCCCAAAAUAUUACAUUUUCAACUGAAAGUAAAAUUAGCGAUGUUCAAUCUCCAAUUAUUAUCCUUCAUGCUCAAGAUGAUCGUUCCGUUCCUAUUCACCUUGGAGAGAAGUUAUAUAAAACAGCAAAAGGAUGCGGAAAAAGUGUCAAAUUUAUAGCAUUCGAUUCGAAAGCCGGCUGCGGACACAACUAUAUUCACGAAGAUAAAGACUUUAUCAGUAUUAUCAAAAAUUUCAUUUCUAACUGCACAAGAUAG